AUGGAUUUGAUGAAAACGGACUAUGAGUUCCUAGACUUAUCUGAUGUAAAAGAAGCAGAAUUGAACAAACUACAGUGCGCACUAUACGAGCGGAUACCUGACAACUCGGCGAGUAGUCUCGCCGGCGGUUGGAGAGAACCUGCUAUAGAUCCAUCAUCGUGUUCAUCGAGCUCGGUGGGACCACCGACCGUGUCGAGCAGCGUGGACAGCCUAUCGGGCGGCGAGUGCGAGAUGGCGCCCCACUCGCCAGCGCGCGGCGCUACAGGCCCGCCGCACGCGCCCCAUGCGCCGCCUCCGCCCUACGCGCAGCCGCCGCCUGCCUACCCGCCUCCGCACCACAACCACCACUGGCCUGUGGCACCACCUAACGUGUACGUGAGCCAAGUGACGGCCAACGUCAACGUGCACGGCUACAUGGGCCAGUACUACCAACCGCCGCAGCCACAGUACGCGCCCCAGGCACCCGCUGAACGUGCAGCACGCGCACCUCGGCGUGAGCGCCGCGGUAAGCGCGCACCUUCUCCUCCGCCUCAGCCUCCGCCCUACUAUCUGCAAUAUCCGCAAUACUACCCGGCCGCACAAGCUCAGGGCGCACCGCUCUAUCACCUGCCGGUGUAUCAGCCGGUCGUCUACGGACCUUACGCCUAUCCUCCUUACUAUCCUGACUAUCCGAUGCCCGUGGAGGGUGACCCUGACAAAGGUCCAGAUGAGUAUCAGCAGGAAGUAGUCAUGGAGCAGGAGGCUGUGGACGCGUAUUAUGCAACCGCACAUUAUGCGCCACCUUACGGCCCGCCCGUUGAUAGUGGUGUUGAGUACAUGCCGCCCAUGUAUCUACCGCCUCCCCCGCAUCCACCACCUGUACCCAUACCGCAGCAGCAGCAGCCGCCUCAGACGACUCCGCACCAGUUUAAUGUACAUGCCAAAAACUUCGUUCAGGGUCAGAAUCAAAAUAAGACCUACACUCCACCUGAAAAGCCUCAAGAACAGAAAACUUCACAGCCCCCGGCUACAGCUUCGGUUUCAGCGUCUGCGAGCACCGUAGAGUCGCUUCCUAUUAAAGAUCUGAAAAUUACCAAAGACCCGAAUAGUCCGAAGCAGGUUGAUCGAAUUGCCGACACCCCUCUACCGAAGACACCGUCUCCGAGCGAAACGGCUCCCGUCGUUACGGCCAAGAUUGAUACCCCUAAAACGACAUGGAUAGCGACUGAGACCAAGGUCGAAACGACUAUAACCAGUCAAUCCCCUGUGUCAAAGACCUUCCCUGCAGCAAGCCCCGCUGUCAACCAGGUGCCUGCCAAUAAGAUUCCGCCUCCGACAGGAAAAACUGCUAAGGGUCCCACCGCCCCAUUCUCCGGAAAGCAGCCAACAAAGCCAGUGGUGCCUCAGACAGUUGUUCCUGUACAACAAGCUGCAUCUACUCCUAAGGCUCCAUUCAGCAGUAGGCAAAAACGAGACGGCCCAACUAAUCGCUCUCCUUCCAAUGAUAACAGUGAGACGAUCGAGAGAAGUGCUCCUACAGUCGAACAUAUCAAACGGGAGCCGCCCCUGCCUCCGAGCAAGGCCCCCAUGCCGAUCUCGAUUACAUUACACUCAACCGGGACACCACUCAUCGUAACCAAUAAGGCUCCAUUUGGUCACUCACGCAAAGGUCCGUCUGUUCCCGAGCCACCACCAGUGCCUCAACCUCCUCCACCAGCUCCCACGGCGUCAGACUUCCCACCGCCGCCUACACCGCGCAACCGCGGCGAGCCCGCACCUGCGCCAGUGCUACCGCCUCAACCUCAACCCGCCCCCGGCAAGUCUUGGGCUAGUCUGUUCUCCAACAAAGCAAGUGGACCCGCGGCUUCGGUGGCACCCGCUCCUGCACCGCUUCCUGUACCUGCUGUUGUUGCACCCGAAGAGCCCGCUAGUCCGACGGCGGCGAAUGCGCCGACCGUACCAAAUGUGCAAAAACCAGUCGCUAAGGUUCCGCCUUAUGAUGCGUCGCCACUCCAAACGACAACAGUAGAUAAGAGCUCCCCUAGUCCACGGUCUUCUACGACAACAGCGCCACUUCCACUGUCGUACUCUGAGAAAACUUCAGUAAAUGCUACAGCAGGAGGCGCUCGCGCCGUACCGCCUGUAUCAGAAGCACGUGAAGUGUCUGUGAAUAAGGAACCGACUCCGGCUGUGCCUGUCCAGCCUUCGCCCUUUAGUGAUGAUCCCAACUCGUACAGAAUGGGAGAGUUUCUGGUCAAGUACCAGCUUGACAACCGCCCAGUGUCUCUGCUGCCGAGGGGUCUCACUAAUCGCUCCAACUUUUGCUACGUGAACGCUAUACUUCAGGCUCUAAUAGCUUGUCCGCCAUUCUACAACAUGCUGAAGGCGCUUCCAUAUCAAACGCGUCGCGGGAAGUCCAGCACACCUGUCAUCGAUUCUCUGGUGGAGCUGUGCUACGAGUUCAGUCCGCUGGCGAGCGCGGGGCGCGGAGGUCGCGGCGCGGGGGCAGCGGGCGGAGCGCCGGCGGUGCCGGCCGGCCCGCCGCUGGAGGGCGGAGCGGGCCAGAGAGUGCUGCGUGCGCUGCGCCCCUUCCCCGGCUCGCAGGAGGGCCGCCAAGAGGACGCCGAAGAGUUCCUCGGCUGUCUACUCAACUCGCUCAACGAUGAAAUGCUUGAGCUAAUGAAGCUCGUGGAGGGCCCGGAGCCGGCGGGCCCGGCGCCGGGCGCGUCGGAGUCGGACGACGACGACUCGUGGAAGGUGAUGGGCCCGCGCAACCGCGGCGCCGUGGAGCGGCGCUGGGCGGCGCGCCGCACGCCGGUGGCCGACAUCUUCCGCGGCCGCACGCGUCUGCGCCUGCACCGCGCGCCGCACCACGACGUCACCGACGCCGUGCAGCCCUUCUUCACGCUGCAGCUCGACAUCGAGCGCGCUAACAGCGUAAAAGAUGCCCUCGAGCUACUGGCGGGGAAAGACACCCUGGAGGGCGUGUCCGACGCCUGGCAGCAACUGUCUCUGGAACAGUUACCUGUGGUGCUGUUACUGCACCUCAAAUGCUUUCAACUUGACGCAGACGGUCACACGGCUAAGAUAGUGAAAAACAUUGAUUUUCCUAUCGACCUGAAGAUCGAUCCAAAAAUAAUGUCGUCUAAAUUGAAGUAUACGAGUAAGCAGCGCGUUUAUAAGCUGUUUGCAGUCGUGUACCAUGAAGGCGUCGAGGCUGUAAAGGGACAUUAUCUCACUGAUACUUUCCACGGACAAGUUGGCUGGAUCAGGUACGACGACUCGACGGUGACGCAGGUGAGCGAGGGCGCGGUGCUGAAGCCCAAGGCGCCGCGCAUGCCCUACCUGCUCAUGUACCGGCGCCACGACUCGCUGCCGCCGCGAGCCGCGCCAGCGCCCGCCGCGCGCGACUGA